AUGCGUCUGGCGUCUACCUCCUGGGCAUUGGAGCACGGCAGCACAAGUCUACAGCCCGAGCAGAAACAGUGCAAUAAGAAUCAAUUGUUCGGUGGCACCAUCCACUCUCAUCCGACCUAUUUGCGUAUCAAUUGCCAAUCCCGGCUCACCGUCGCUGCUGCAGACCUUCCUGCAAGUGGGGAAUGCUGCCACCCGACCCUCACCACGCAUCUAUCUUCAAUGCUGGCCCACCGCGGCAUGAUGGAGUCCGACGACGUGGCCCAAUGGGCAGCCAUUGUUAUUGAGUUCCUCCCCAGGCCCAAUUCCUACCCGCUCUCGCCCUGUCUGACCGGGUGGUGGGCGACGAACUAUUACACGCUGCCUCGCAAUGACCACACAGAAAGCAAGCUUAUCCUUCUUUCCCUUUUCGUCUUCGAAUACAUGAGCUCCGGCUCGGCGUUGCCCUCUGCAAUCUCCUAUUACUCUGCUGUCCCAGAGAAGGACUUCCCUUGCCUCGAGGCCGACGGCUAG